AUGCAUAUCCUUACGACAGUAGCAAGUUUGGUUAUAAUUGCAGUCUUGGCCAAUUCGAUUACUGAAGCGAGACCACAAAGUUCCGAAAAUGGUCUGCAAAUUUUGCAUAAAUUGGUUAAACGUAAUUGCUAUUGUCCACCAUCAUCUUGUGGUUGUGUAUCGCUAGCUCUCACGUUUCAUAUUUCUUGCUCAUGCCCACAGAUCUGUAACUGUGCACCUCCACCGCCACCACCACCGCCACCGCCACCACCGCCACCGCCACCGCCACCACCACCACCG